GGGCCAGGGGGAACAUGGAGGCAGGGAGGCCAUGGGAGUUCCUAAGGGAAUUUUGUCCCUUGCAAACCGCCCCCCAGGUAUGAGGGAGGCUGUGAGAACUUCCUGGGAGUCGUGGGGAGUGCUGCGGGGUCCAGCUGACCCUAGAGAGAGGUCUGUGCAAACCUGAGCCACCCCCUUUGAAAGGGGGCCUCCCUGUUCAGUUCGGCGUACUGCAAACAAGAAGCAGGGUGCAGGGACCCUGACCUUCCUCUGAGGUGAACGCGGUAACUCCCACUGGCUUCUGCAGCGACAUACGUCUUCCCCAACGAGGCAGUCUUGGUUACUAUGGCGUCUCACCGUCUGUCUCUGAAAUGAGGAGAAGGUCAAGGAAACUGGGUCACAGGGUUUCCUUAAUAAUCGCCGGAGCUGCUGACGCAGGCACACGGGGGAAUUCUCUGGGUCACACUCGCCCGGUUUGGCGAAUUCAGUUUUUCGAUCCCAUUCAGCUGAUUAAUGGGAGGAAGUGCUGGCCUCUCUGGCCCUGUGGGUUUUGCACCCUAACGCCAGCCAGGCAGCCUGCAGGCCCUGGGAAGGGCCGCCCCUCCUCCCGUCCGCCCUCUGCGUCUCCCUGGGUCCCCCUGAGCCGGCGCGGGGCUGGUUGCUAUGUGGUUGGUAGGACCUGCCAUCAGAGGCGGCAGGAGCCACUGCGCCCCGCCCCCACCCGCCCCCGGCUGCCUCCCGCGGGUGUUCCUGACGUCACUGGCGCCCUGAUGUGGACAAAUACCGAGUCAGACUGCUGGUCCGCAUCCAUUUGGGGGGCGAUUUCCCCUCCAGAGAUUUCAGAGUGCCGUCAGGUUUCAGUUCCGACUGGGAAGCAAGAGGCGUGCCUCCCAGCUGCUCUGUUCUCCAGGAACCAGGCGCUUCCCGAGGCAGGGCCAUGCUCACAUUCAUGGCCUCUGACAGUGAGGAAGAAGUGUGUGACGAGAGGACGUCCCUGAUGUCGGCCGAGAGCCCCCCGCCGCGCUGCUGCCAGGAGGCCCGGCAGGGCCUGGAGGACGGAGGCAAUGCUGCCCAGUGGAGAAGCCAGGAUAGCGAGGACGACCUUGACGAGGACGCGGACCGCUACAUGUGCGGUGGGGUCCCCGGGCAGCCGUCGGGCCUGGAGGAGGAGCUGACCCUCAAAUACGGGGCGAAGCACGUGAUCAUGCUGUUUGUGCCCGUCACCCUGUGCAUGAUCGUGGUGGUGGCCACCAUCAAGUCCGUGCGCUUCUACACAGAGAAGAACGGCCAGCUAAGCGAGAUGUUCUAUUUUAGGGUCCUUUCACCCCACACUUCCCCUGAGGGUUUACUCGACCUUCCUAUUUCCCUCUCGGCUGGCUGUGCAGGUGCCAUGCUGAGGUCUCCGAGGCCUGGGGGCCUGGCGGGCCCUGUAGCUGUGGCGAGGCCCCUGGGAGCCGCAGGACAGCAGCGGCCCGGGUUCAUCCAUGGCUGGCUGAUCAUGUCUUCCCUGAUGCUGCUGUUCCUCUUUUCCUAUAUCUACCUCGGGGAAGUGCUCAAGACCUACAACGUGGCCAUGGACUACCCCACCCUGUUCCUGACCGUCUGGAACUUCGGCGCGGUGGGGAUGGUGUGCAUCCACUGGAAAGGCCCCCUGGUGCUGCAGCAGGCCUACCUCAUUAUGAUCAGCGCGCUCAUGGCCUUGGUCUUCAUCAAGUACCUCCCGGAGUGGUCCGCCUGGGUCAUUCUGGGCGCCAUCUCUGUGUAUGAUCUCGUGGCUGUGCUGUGCCCCAAAGGGCCACUGAGGAUGCUGGUGGAGACUGCCCAGGAGAGAAACGAGCCCAUAUUUCCCGCCCUGAUAUACUCCUCUGCCAUGGUGUGGACGGUGGGCAUGGCCAAGCUGGACCCCUCCUCCCAGGGAGCCCUUCAGCUGCCCUAUGACCCUGAGAUGGAAGAAGACUCCUAUGACAGUUUUGGGGAGCCCUCUUACCCGGAAGUCUUUGAGCCCCCCUUGCCUGGUUACCCAGGAGAGGAGCUGGAGGAAGAGGAAGAAAGGGGCGUGAAGCUCGGCCUGGGGGACUUCAUCUUCUACAGUGUGCUGGUGGGCAAGGCGGCGGCCACGGGCAGCGGGGACUGGAACACCACGCUGGCAUGCUUCGUGGCCAUCCUAAUUGGUUUGUGUCUGACCCUCCUGCUGCUUGCUGUGUUCAAGAAGGCACUGCCCGCCCUCCCCAUCUCCAUCACGUUCGGGCUCAUCUUCUACUUUUCCACGGACAACCUGGUGCGUCCGUUCAUGGACACCUUGGCUUCUCAUCAGCUCUACAUCUGACGGGGGGCUGGGCGGGGCUGGCAGCCAGGGAAGUUGUCACGGGUGCCCUCGUAUCGUUCUACACUCUAGUGCCAUAUAUUUUUAAGACUUUUCUUUCCUUAAAAAAAAGUGUCGUGUUUACUUGGCGAAGAGGAAGAACCAGCUUUUUGGUGCUGGUGGUUUGUCACCUGACCACGGCUCACCGGCCGGAAGCGCCGGUGGUCAGGCUGGAGGAGCCCGGGACGGCUGUGCCACUUUGGGGGGGGAUGUGGAGAAGCCGCCCGGCCCCGCGCUGCGGCCCGGGAUGCUCCGGGGGCCAAGGCGAAGGAAGGGACCAGGAGUCCGUGCUCGGGAUGGCACCUAGCACCUGCCCACUCCGGCGGGAGAAGAAAGCCAGUUUGCCGUGCGUGGAGUGUCCCCAGCGCUUUGUCUCAGACGUCAUCGUUAUUUUAUUACCUUUAGAACCCGAGUCCUAUUCUUGUUACAGCAGUUACUGCUGAGAAGUGGCUUAAUGUCAAUAAAUAGAUGAAUCCUCUUGGAA